AUGUACAAGAGAAAAAAUAAUUACACAAGAAUUCAUUUAUAUAAUUUAAUGGUACCAAAAAAGAUUACAGAUUAUGACGUUUUAAAAAAACAUUAUACAUUUUUAAAUGAUAAGAAUGAUAAAACUUGGGAAUCCAACCUAGUUUCAAUUUGUGAUCUUUCAAGAUAUAAAUCAGGCGAUAUAGCUUUGAGGUGGAGAUCAGCAAAUGAAGUGGUUGAAGGCAAAUGUGAAAACAUAUGUGCGAAUGUAACAUGUAGCGAAACAACAAAUUUAUCCAGUUAUGAAGUUCUAUUUAACUAUAUUGAGCACGAAACUAAGAAACAGGCUCUAGUUAAGGUUAGAGUAUGCCCAGAGUGUUCUUAUAAGCUGAAUUACAAGUUAAAACACAAGAAAUCUGAAAGUCUGAGUAACCGUUUGUACAAUAAAAUGCCAACUUUACCUAACAAUUUUGAGGACCCGAUUCUAAAUAUUUUUAAAAGGUUUGAAAGCUUUGAGCAUGAUCUUUUAUUGGUGGAGCAGAAGGUUAAGAAUGAGCUUAGAUGUGUAUAUGACCUUGAUGUUUUUGAUAUCACAGAAUCUGUUGAGACUACCAAAACUAAAAUACAUAAACUCUUUGAAUCAUUAAAUGAACUUUACGUAUAUAAACGUCAAAUGUUAUCACUGAUAAAAUCGCAAGUUUCAGUAUUUGAAACACUAGCACAGACUGAGGGCUUAAAUAAAGUGUCCAACAACAAGAAUAAUGAACAACUCAUUGAAUUAGCAAAGAACACUUUGAAAAUAUCAGCUGAAUUCUUUGAUAUACCAGAUAAUCAACCAGUUCCAAUAUUUAUCAAAUUUAGGAAACAAAUCAAGAAUGAAGAACCCGUGAAGGAAACAAUUGAAUUUAUACCUGUUACUGAAGCACAGUUCGAAAGUGUUCCAGCACUGGUUAAAAGAAGAGCGAAGCUGGAACAAGUAAAUGAACUUUAUAAGUAUUUACAUGAUCACGCAUUAAAGAGAACUAAAUGUGUUCCAGUAAAGAUUAACGAUAUAGAAAAUGAAGGGAUUAAGGUACAUGGUCAAACAGGUAGUUCAAAAAUCGCAAUAUUGAGGCAUUUGAAGAAGAUACAAGUGAUAAACAGGGAUAACACCAUUUUACUACUAGAUUCUAGAUUUAAAAAUAAAAAAUCACUCAAACAGAAUUAA